CGGUUUAAGGGAAUCGGAAGAAUUACUGAAACCUGAAGCGCUUUUUCUGCACGUUUUGGGAACAUUUUUAAUUUUUUUUCCUUACUGUGGAUGUGAGCGCAGCAGCAGCGGGAUAACCGGGAUCCUGUGAGGAGAAACAUGUGAAGAUCCCCGUGGAUAUUUGACCUGCACGUUAGCCUUCAGAACAAAAAGGCGAAGGUUCUCCUCUCUUCUUCCCGCCGUCCGUUCUCUCUGCUUCCAGUCUCCUCGCAGGCCCGCUAAUCAUGGAGGGCCGGCGGGCGUCACGCAGGACUUUAUCGGCGGCUCUAGCUGCUCUGAUUGGCUUCUGGCUCUCAGCGGCCCCCGCUUUGUGCACCGAGACGUUCACUACCUUCCACCCCGAGCGCCGCGACUGGCUCUUCAACCACCUGACGGUCCACCAGACCACCGGGGCGCUGUACAUCGGAGCGGUUAACCGUGUCUACAAGCUGUCGGGCAACCUGACCCUCCUGGUGUCCCACGAUACGGGUCCAGAGGACGACAACAAGGCCUGCUACCCCCCCCUGAUCGUCCAGCCCUGCUCUGAGCCCCUGGUCUCCACCAACAACGUCAACAAGCUCCUGCUCAUCGACUACUCCCAGAACCGGCUGCUGGCGUGCGGCAGCCUCUACCAGGGGGUCUGCAAGCUCCUCCGGCUGGAUGACCUCUUCAUCUUAGUGGAGCCGUCCCACAAGAAGGAGCACUACCUCUCCAGCGUGAACCAGACGGGCACCAUGUACGGGGUCAUCGUGCCGUCACAGGGCCAGGACGGCACCCUGUUCAUCGGCACCGCGGUUGACGGGAAGCAGGACUACUUUCCCACCAUCUCCAGUCGGAAGCUGCCCCGCGACCCGGAGUCCUCCGCCAUGCUGGACUACGAGCUGCACACGGACUUCGUGUCCUCGCUCAUCAAGAUCCCGUCGGACACUCUGGCUCUGGUGUCCCACUUUGACAUCUACUACGUGUACGGCUUUGCCAGCGGCGGCUUUGUGUACUUCCUGACGGUGCAGCCGGAGACGCCGGAGAACAGCAUGUCGUCGAGCGGCUCCAGCAGCGACCUCUUCUACACGUCGCGCAUCGUCCGCCUCUGCAAGGACGACCGAAAGUUCCACUCCUACGUGUCGCUGCCCAUCGGCUGUGUGAAGAACGGAGUGGAGUACCGGCUGCUGCAGGCGGCUAACCUCGGGAAGCCGGGCCGCGUCCUCGCCGCCGCGCUCAACAUCAGCGCCCAGGACGACGUGCUAUUCACCAUCUUCUCCAAGGGACAGAAGCAGUUCCACCGGCCGCCCGACGACUCUGCGCUCUGCGUCUUCACCAUCCGAGACAUCAACGCCCGCAUCAAGGAGCGCCUACAGUCCUGCUACCAGGGGGAGGGGAACCUGGAGCUCAACUGGCUGCUGGGGAAGGACGUGCAGUGCACCAAAGCCCCGGUGCCUAUCGACGACUCGUUCUGCGGUCUGGACAUCAACCAGCCCCUCGGGGGGUCCCAGCUGGUCACUGGUCACACUCUGUACACCGAGACCCGGGACCGCAUGACCUCCGUCACCUCGUACGUCUACAACGGAUACUGCGUGGCCUUCGUGGGAACCAAGAGCGGACGCUUGAAGAAGAUCCGCGUGGACGGGCCGCCUCACGGUGGAGUCCAGUACGAGACCAUCUCUGUCAUCAAGGACGGAGGCCCCGUGCUGCGGGACAUGGCCUUCUCCCUGGACAAGAACUACCUCUACGUCAUGUCCGAGCGACAGGUGACGCAGGUUCCCAUUGAGUCCUGUGAGCAGUACGGGACCUGUGGGGAGUGCCUGAGCUCCGGGGACCCUCACUGCGGCUGGUGUGUGCUGCACAACAUCUGUUCUCAGAGGAACCGGUGUGAUCGUGCUGACGAGCCAUACCGCUUCGCUGCUGCUCUGGAUCAGUGUGUGACAGCCUCCGUGUACCCGGAUAGCAUCGCCGUGUCAGAACCAAGCGUACCUCUGCUGGUGAAGGUGAGCCACGUUCCCGACCUCUCCGCCGGGAUCAGCUGCUCCUUCGGGAACCUGACGGAGGUGGAGGGGACGGUCAACGGGAACCAGAUCCUCUGCGUGUCUCCGGCCGCCAAGGACGUCCCGCUCAUCCCCAUCGAGCAAGACUGGUCCGGGGUGGAGCUCAGGCUGAACUCCAAGGAGACGGGUCAGAUGCUGAUCAGCACCGAGGUCAAGUUUUACAACUGCAGCGUUCACCAGCUGUGUCUGUCAUGUGUGAACAGUGCCUUCCGCUGCCACUGGUGCAAGUACCGCAACCUCUGCACCCAUGACCCGUCCAGCUGCUCCUUCCAGGAGGGACGAGUCAACGCCUCUGAGGACUGCCCUCAGCUGGUGCGCUCCGGAGAAAUCCUGAUCCCGGCGGGGGAGGUGAAGCCCAUCACCCUGAAGGCCAGGAACCUCCCCCAGCCCCAGUCCGGGCAGCGGGGGUACGAGUGCGUCCUGCACAUCCAGGGGGUCAGCCACCGAGUCACCGCGCUGCGCUUCAACAGCUCCAGCGUGCAGUGCCAGAACAGCUCGUACCUGUACGAGGGGAUGAAGAUCAGCGAGCUGCCGGUGGAUUUCUCCGUGGUGUGGAACGGAAACUUCAUCAUCGAUAACCCGGAGAAUAUCCAAGUGCAUCUGUACAAGUGUGCGGCGCAGAGGGACAGCUGCGGCACCUGUCUGAAGGCGGAGAGGAAGUUCCAGUGCGGCUGGUGCAGCGGGGAGGGUCGCUGCACCCUGAGGCACCACUGCCCCCCCAUCAACCCUUACACCACCCGCUGGCUCCACCUGUCCACCAAGAACGUCAAGUGCACCAACCCACGCAUCUCAGAGGUGACCCCCGUGGCCGGACCCCCUGAGGGAGGAACUCGAGUGACCAUCCACGGCACCAACCUGGGCCUCGCCUUCGCCGACCUUGUGGGCAGAGUGGAGGUGGCGGGGGUCAGGUGCACCCCCAUGGAGGAGGGCUACAUCAUCGCUGAGCAGAUUGUGUGUGAGAUGGACGCCGCCCCUGCAGAAACGAGAGACGGUCCGGUGCAGCUGUGUGUCGGCGAGUGUCGACCAGAACUCAGAGCCCGGUCCUCUCAGCUCUAUUCCUUCGUGACCCCCACUGUGUCAGGUCUGUCCCCCAGCAGAGGGCCCGAGUCGGGGGGAACCAAAGUCACCAUCAUGGGGGAGAACCUGGGCGCCGGCAGCAGCGUCAACGUCCAGUUUGGAAACCAGACGUGCGAGUUCUUCGGGCGGACGAUGACGGAGAUCGUGUGUUACUCCGCCCCCUCCCUGUCGGGGGUGGGUCAGGUGCAGAUCAGUGUGAGUGUGGACCGUGCACAGAUCAGGGAGAGCCUCACCUUCGACUACAUCGAGGACCCCACCGUGCAGCGCAUCGAGCCCGACUGGAGCAUCGCCAGUGGACACACUCCUCUGAUGGUGACCGGGACAAACCUGGACGUGGUUCAGGAGCCGAGGAUCCGGGUCAAAUACGCCGGGCGAGAGUCUGUCAACGUGUGUAAAGUGUUGAAUGCCACCUGUAUGAGCUGCUUCGCCCCCUCGCUGAUGCCGGAGUAUAACCCCUCCCUGGACUCGGUGAAGCACGCAGACGAGUUCGGCUUCAUCUUCAACAACGUGCAGGCGCUGCUGGUCUACAACAACACCAACCUGCUGUACUACCCCAACCCAGUGUUCGAGCCCCUCAGCACCUCGGGGGUCCUGGAGCAGAAACCUGGCUCUCCCAUUAUUCUCAAGGGCAGAAACCUGGUGCCCCCGGCCUCCGGAGGGGUGAAGCUGAACUACACGGUGCUGAUCGGAGAGACCCCCUGCUCCGUCACUGUGUCCGAGAGCCAGCUGCUCUGUGAGCCCCCCAACCUCACCGGACAGUACAAAGUCAUGGUCCAGGUGGGGGGUCUCCACGUCUCCCCCGGCUCGGUCCACAUCAUGUCCGACAGCCUGCUCACCCUGCCGGCCAUCGUCAGCAUCGCGGCCGGCGGAGGCCUCCUCCUCAUCAUCGUCAUCCUCGUCCUCAUCGCCUACAAGAGGAAGUCCCGGGAGAACGACCUGACCCUGAAGCGCCUGCAGAUGCAGAUGGACAACCUGGAGUCCCGGGUCGCCCUGGAGUGCAAAGAAGCUUUCGCCGAGCUGCAGACCGACAUCAACGAGCUGACCAGUGACCUGGACCGGGCCGGGAUCCCCCACCUGGACUACAGGACGUAUGCUAUGAGGGUCCUGUUCCCCGGUAUCGAGGACCAUCCUGUCCUCAGAGAGCUGGAGGUGUCGGGUAAUGGGCAGCAAGGCGUGGAGAAAGCUCUGAAGCUGUUUGGUCAGCUCAUCAACAACAAGGUGUUCCUGCUCACCUUCAUUCGGACGCUGGAGAUGCAGCGCUCCUUCUCCAUGAGGGACCGCGGGAACGUGGCUUCGCUCAUCAUGACGGCGCUGCAGAGCCGCCUGGAGUACGCCACCGACGUCCUGAAGCACCUGCUGUCUGACCUGAUCGACCGCAACCUGGAGAGCAAGAACCACCCCAAGCUGCUGCUGAGAAGAACCGAGUCGGUGGCGGAGAAGAUGCUCACCAACUGGUUUGCCUUCCUGCUUCACAAAUUCCUCAAGGAGUGUGCAGGGGAGCCUCUCUUCAUGCUGUACUGCGCCAUAAAGCAGCAGAUGGAGAAGGGUCCGAUCGACGCCAUCACCGGGGAGGCCCGCUACUCCCUGAGUGAAGACAAGCUCAUCCGGCAGCAGAUCGAGUACAAGACGCUGAUCCUGAACUGCGUGAACCCGGACAACGAGAACAGCCCGGAGAUCCCGGUGAAGGUGCUGAACUGCGACACCAUCACGCAGGUGAAGGAGAAGAUCCUGGACGCCGUGUACAAGAACAUGCCCUACUCCCAGAGACCCAGAGCUGUUGACAUGGACCUGGAGUGGCGGCAGGGGCGAAUGGCUCGCGUGGUGCUGCAGGAUGAAGACAUCACCACCAAGAUAGAGAACGACUGGAAGAGACUCAACGCUCUCAUGCACUAUCAGGUGUCAGACCGCUGUGUCGUGGCUCUGGUUCCCAAACAGACGUCCUCCUACAACAUCCCCACCUCCGCCAGCAUAUCGCGCUCCUCCAUCAGCAGAUACGACUCGUCUUUCCGGUACACGGGGAGCCCGGACAGCCUGCGCUCUCGGGCCCCGAUGAUCACGCCGGACCUGGAGAGCGGGGUGAAGGUCUGGCACCUGGUGAAGAACCACGAGCACGGAGACCAGAAGGAGGGGGACCGCGGCAGCAAGAUGGUCUCUGAGAUUUAUCUGACCCGGCUGCUAGCCACCAAGGGUACGCUGCAGAAGUUUGUGGACGACCUGUUCGAGACGCUGUUCAGCACCGUGCACAGAGGCAGCUCUCUUCCUCUCGCCAUCAAAUACAUGUUCGACUUCCUGGACGAGCAGGCGGACAAACACGGCAUCCACGACCAGGACGUGCGGCACACGUGGAAAAGCAACUGCCUUCCUCUGCGUUUCUGGGUGAACGUCAUCAAGAAUCCUCAGUUUGUGUUCGACAUCCACAAGAGCAGCAUCACGGACGCCUGCCUGUCCGUCGUGGCUCAGACCUUCAUGGACUCCUGCUCCACCUCCGAGCACCGGCUGGGGAAAGACUCCCCGUCCAACAAGCUGCUCUACGCUAAAGACAUCCCCAACUACAAGAGCUGGGUGGAGAGGUACUACGCUGACAUCAGCCGGCUGCCGGCCAUCAGCGAUCAGGACAUGAACGCCUACCUGGCGGAGCAGGCCAGACUGCACUCCAACGAGUUCAACAUGCUCAGCGCGCUCAACGAGAUCUACUCCUACAUCAGCAAGUACAGCGAGGAGAUCACGGCGGCGCUGGAGCAGGACGAGCAGGCGAGGAAGCAGAAAUUAGCCUACAAGGUGGAGCAGCUGAUCGCCGCCAUGUCUCAGGAGAGCUGAGGACCCCCCAACACAGCGGGACCCGGGACCUCCAUAUCCACAUUCAUAUUAUUUCCUUCCUCAAACGGCCUCUCGCUCAGGGCCGCAGACUGACAGAGGCCCUUCAGCUGGAGGACCGUCAGCAGAGAACAUGGCAACUCCUAUUUAUUUUAUUUUUCUCAAAGGAUAUUUGUGUGUGUGUGUGUGUGUGUGUGUGUGUGUGUGUGUGUGUGUGUGUGUGUGUGUGUGUGUGUGUGGAGGACCGGAUGAGUCCCCCGGUGUGAAGCGGAGGAGCGGAUCUCGCGUCGGACAGCUAAGCGUGCAUCCAGAUUUUUAUUUUUGUACUUGUACAUUUGAACAUUAUCAGUUGCAGUCCCAUCAGGAGGACCCUGUCGUUGUGCAAAGACAAAGAAGACGACACCAGGGUCUCCUCUCUCGUUUCCUCGGACUAAACCUCCGCUCGAUCGUGAAGCUCUUCAUCUCAGAGCCUCUGGAGGACUUCAGCUGGCAUGCACCUGAACAGAGGAGAGGAAUAUUUAGGAGAAUCUGGAGUCCAAGGCUUUCUUUUUUUGUUGGUUUUAGGUCAUCUGUGUAUGAACCGGUCAGUGUCUGUGAGGUGUUUUUCUUUUCUGUUUUGUCUCUACGUCUACUUGCAAACACAAAGGGGCUCAGUUGAGCUAAGUCCAUUUGUCAGAACGCUUCCCAAACAUUAUCCCCAGGUUCACACGUUAUCAGGAUGUUAAUGGCAUUAUUUAUUAGUGGUAAUCAGCCUUUUUCAUUUCAGAUGAGCCAUGAAUGUGUACCAAAGUUUCCACGCUGUUGCUUCAGCUUAAGGAGGCGAUUAUUUACCCCGAAAAUGCAGAAAAAUACCCUUUUUUUUGUUGCAAUGAUGUGUAUCCAACCUCGUGAUACAGAUCUUCUCCCAAAUUCACUAUGUUAUUCCUCAGCUCAUGCCACAAAAAUCCACCAAAUUUCAGCCAAGUUGGGCUGGUAUUUAUUCUGUAAUCCUGCAGAAUGCUAUAAAUAUUACCCCCUGAACACAACAUAUUCAUUGCAGUAUAAAGAGCAAGAAGGACGGGGGAAUUACAUGAGAUGAAAAUACUUAGUUUGAAUGCAAACCAUUACCUUUUCCUAAGACUAACAAAGUAGUUGUGUUGUCUAAACCCUUUGGAGUAAUCCAGCUGGAUGGAGAAACACAGUAACAACAACGGUCCGUACACAGGCGCUAACAGACAUGCUAGCUAGCUAACGUCGUCCAAGAAAUGUCCAGUAAUUUAUAUAUCAAACUAAAUCAAAACCUAGAGACUUGAACCUUCCUCAGAGUGGGUCCAUCACCUUUUCAGUUGAUUUAGAUUUUUAAUCGAUCUGUGGGGCAUUAUAGCUCGCCAUGCUAACGCUGUAUUUAGCGUGAUUAGCAUUAGCUUUAUCCCACGGGAACGUUUGUUAACACACACCGGUUGCUCCUAUAAGUAGUGUUUGUGUAGAAGUGUGUUUAAAGCAACUCAACGGGGCUGGUUAUCACUCAUUCUGCAGAUUUGAUCGCCUGAUCUGCGCAAACUACGUGACAAUAUCCAAACCUGAACCACAUUUCUCUAGAGGGGGUUUGUUCAUAGAGCCACAGACUGCAUCUCUUUGGGAUCGACUUCCUGUGUAUUUGCAUUCUAUCCAGGGACCAUCUUUUGAGUUGUAUCAAGUGCCAACGAGUGCUGCCAGCUCGGGUUGGCCGGCUGAGAUGUUUCCCUGUCCUCGCACUGACAAUAAUAUUCAGUUUGAACAAGUGCCAACAGAUCCCGUCGUCUCAAAUUGUCCUCUAAUGUGUCAUAAAUCGGUCUAUGCUUUACAGAGGGAGCAGAGCUCUGACGUUGGAGCCAGAUAAACAGAACUGGAAUAUAGUGAGUGUUUUUGAAGGUACGAAUCAUAAGCAGGUGAUCAAUAGAACAGUGUUUCCUGCUUCUGACUGACACCUAAAAGGCUGAUGUGUGCGUCCGACCUGACAGCAAACUGUAGAUUUCUCCGUCUGGACUCGUGUUCUUCCGGGAUAUAUAUGUGUCUGCUUGUUGUUUAGAUCAAGUACUUGAACAAUAGCUAGUAUUAAAGGUUUGCACAGCAUCCGUGUGUGUUGAGAGCAUGACCAACACCAGGGGUGGUUGAAAGGUGCGUCUUCUUUUCUCCGUGGCCUUAGAAUACCACCCCUGAUCUUAUUAGUCCUCCACCUCGGAGCCCGAUCCGGCGACUCUGCCGAGAAGUGUCUUAGCGAGAUAAGGUAAAAAAGGAAAAGGUGGAGAGGGUACGGCGGACAUCGCCCCGCUCAGCACUCGGCUCUCCUGAGCUGUUUGAAGAGAGAGAGAGAGAAGCCCUUUAGCUCUAGUUUCCUGCUCCGGCUUUGAAGCUGCUCUUUGAUCUGAGGCAGUGUGUGUGUGUGUUCGUGCGUGCAGAGUGUGAUCAGGAGAUGGAAAGAAGAAACAUCAAACUAACAGGCGAGGAGGCACGAGGUGAAGAUGGACAUGCAGUUACUGAGUCGGGCCAGCAGGGGCAUCAGAGGGGAGCUGGUAUACGGUCCUUCAUCUGAAAGAAAAAGCGCCUUCUUCCCGUUAACAUCUAAACUUAAAGAGUGGUGCAGGGAUUAAUGUAUUGCUAGUGGAUCCUGAAGGCAGCGUCUCCCUUGUUCCCCUUACAAAAGCCAAUGGGAUUUCUCCAAGUGUAUUUGGAUUUUUGCAGAAUAGUCUUAACGUUUAUGAAAUUUGCACGUUUAUUUCAGCAGGAUAAUCUCCACAGAUUAACACCACUUGAUUUCAGAAGUAAAAAGCUAACAUUGGGCUAUAAAGGAACUACAGCACGGUCACAUGACUUCACGUCACCACCGCUAAGCUAAAGGAGGCUAAUGUUGGGCUAUAAAGGAACUACAGCACGGUCACAUGACUUCACGUCACCACCGCUAAGCUAAAGGAGGCUAAUGUUGGGCUAUAAAGGAACUACAGCACGGUCACAUGACUCACGUCACCACCGCUAAGCUAAAGGCGGCUAAUGUUGGGCUAUAAAGGAACUACAGCACGGUCACAUGACCUCACGUCACCACCGCUAAGCUAAAGGAGGCUAAUGUUGGGCUAUAAAGGAACUACAGCACGGUCACAUGACUUGACGUCACCACCGCUCAACACAGAUUUCAGGCUAACAACCAAAAACACAUUCAGAAAACCGAUCCAGACGAGGGAAUAGAAAAUGCUGACUCAUUUUCAGGUUUUGGACUCCUUCCUGCACCACUCUGUAGACACACACACAUACAGUAGGCCUGCAAACACUUAACAUAAAGCUUCCUUCUUUUGAUUAAGGUGUCUUCCCAAGCUCAGCAAAUAAAAUGUAUCCUCAUACCUCACAUUGCUUGUUUGGAGUGAUGCUGUUUAUCAUUUUGAAACAGGACCUAAAUGCCUUUUUUCUUUUUUGCAAAGGGAUCAAAAAAACAAAUGUAUUAGUCUUUCCAACUCCGCUGUGUUCAGAUUGUGACGGGCGUGAUCAGAGGCUCACAAAUUGGUUUUAAAGUGGCUUUGAUUUUCCUCUCACGGAUCAUUUAUAUAUCAGGAUGUUUUUUUGGUUUUCUUGUGUGAGAUUUUGCAUGCCUUUUCUAAUUCAUGCUUUCGUUCUGCCCGGUGCUCCAUAUCAAUCCACACGGACUGAGUGUAUUCCCAUCUGUAUACACGUCUCGCAUCGCAGCUGAAAGCACCUUUUCAUUUUGUGAAAGAGAUUUGUUUUGUUUACUUGAUAUAUAGCUCGAAUUCACACUCAUUUCUGGGAGCUUUUUAUUUCAAUUUGAGCGUUUGUUUACUCUUUCUGCAGAAUCCCAUUCGACUGCCAGUUGAGUGAGACAGAUGUGACCUCCUGUCAGCUGAUGUGCACUUUGUUCAGAGAUUAAUGCUGUUACAAAACAAAGCUUCUUUUUUGGUUUGCUUCACGACGUCAGAGGAAUUGAAUCAUUGUAUUACUCUCAAAAUAUCAUCCAGUAUAAAACCAGUAUCCUUCCAUUUGAAACGCGUUGUAAACAAGCCCUUUGUAGACACUGGAGUUCUGUAAUAUAGUUAUUAAUGGCGAUGACGACGACGACGAUGAUGAUAAUAAUAAUGGCUGUCUGUUCUUCUUGUUUUAUAAAAAGUGUUGUGAAAAUUGUAAGAAACUUAAAGUAUUUAAAAAAGGUUGUUCUCUUGUUCUGUUUUUUUAUUUGCUUUGAUUUUGUUAUGAUCAAAUAUUAUUGUGUACCUAUUGUAAAUAUGAAGCACACCUAUUUUGCAAGCCAAGGAUUCACUUUGUACUGUUGUUAUAUAUAAAUAAACUUUGCUGGUUAAAAAUUGCAUAGAGCUGAAA